AUGUACACAGCUUCAGCUUCAUCACCAGGAAGGAGAAGGAAGAGGCAGAAAGCCAGCAGCCCCACUGAACAGCUGGAGACUGACGCUGAUGGAGAGAACUGAGGAGGACCAGAACCCACCAGGAACUCAGAUCCAGACAGACAUUUACAUCCAGGCACUGAUGUGAAGGCGGAAGACUCUCCUGAAUUUAAGGUUGAAAGAAGUGAUGAUGGUGAUGAUAAGAAAGAGACCAGGGAAUCUCAGUCAAAUUUAAACACUCUUAAAAAUAAUAAUGUCCCUGUAAGUGUAAUCACAUGUCACAAUGGUGAGAAAUCAAUCAGCUGCUCUCAGUGUGGGAAAACAUUUAGUCACAGUGGAAAUCUGAGCAGACACAUGAGAACUCACUCAGGAGAGAAACCAUUCAAUUGCUCUGUGUGCGGUAGAAGCUUUGCUGACAAGGCAACUCUGACAAAACACACGAGAACACAUACUGGAGAGAAACCAUUUAGUUGUCUAGUAUGUGGUAAAAAAUUUACACACAGGGUAAGUCUAAAACAACACAUGGCACGCCACACAAGGGAGAAACAGUUGGCUUGCGUCGGUGGGUCUUCUCAGCUUGUUGAAGUGGAAACGUUUGGCUGCUCUGAGUGUGGAAGAACAUUUGGUCGUAAGGACACCCUACAGGAACACAUGAAAACUCACACAGGAGAGAAACCAUUCAGCUGCUCUGAGUGUGGUAAAACUUUUGGCCGUAAAACAAACCUGAAGGCACACAUGAGAAUCCACACAGGAGAGACACGAUUCAGCUGCAGUGUUUGUGACAAAAGAUUCACUUGGCAUCAUCAGCUGAAAAACCAUAAGUGUGCUGGCCACUCAGCUGAUUGUGGAGGAUCAAAACCCGCCAGAAACUGUCUACUGAUGCCAAGGCCACACAGUGAUGGACUAGUAGUGCUUGUAUACUUAUGAGGCUCAGUACUGAACCUCAGACCUUUUUGGUACUGACUGAAAUGUGUUCAUACCAACAAGCAUUGACAACUGUCAAGUACUGAAGUUUUAUUUAUUUAUUAAUUUAUAUUUCGUGCAGCCAUUACGGUUCAGCCCCUUAAAUCAGAUAGUUGUUGAUUUUAAUCAUAAUUUUGUCAGUUUGUUGUAUUUUAUACAGACAAAUUUCUGGCAUGAGACAUGGUGGAAGUUACCUUUGUAAAUACAAAUAAUUGUAACUGUCAUCCUCAAAAGAAGGUCAAACUGGCUUAUUGCAGAAGUAAUCAUUUUAAUUUUAACUUGCAUUUUAUAAUUUAUAACUGGGUUUUUAGCUGUUUGAUUCACUGUGAUGUUGCUGAUGAUAAGUUAGUUAUGUGUUUUAUUUUGUUGAUAGCAUGAUGUCACCUGGACUCCUGCAUCUCUAUUCUCUUUACAUCACAGACCACACUGGAGACUAUUCUUAGAUCUUAAUGUGUCAUUGUCUUCUGUGCUUUAAUGUCUCCCUUCUCACAAUGUUAAAUACACUUAACCAAAGAAGCUGCUCUUCCAACUUAGGUUGUGUAAAC